AUGCAACAUAAGCUACAGCCAUAUAGGCCCAAGGAUUCCUUACAAUUCCACAAAAUCAUAUUCAACAUCGAAACAGAUGAAAAAGCUGAGCACCAUGCCGAGUCCAUGGAAAUUCUCAUGGGCCGCCUGAAACUCCAGGAGUAUGAACACAUCGAGAUUUUUAUCUAUACUCAUUCAGAGAUUGAGUGGGGCGACAUAUGGGGUGGGUUUGAAGAUGAUGAGUUUGUGGGAAGGAGGAGGACUAAAGUCGCAAUACAAGGUGAACCUGUCAUAUAUGCCAUCGACGUUUUCUUUGCAGGCCUCUUUGUCGGUGGCAUAGAGGAAUAUGUUAGGGGGGCUACUCUUUGGGUAUUGAUUUGUGGGCAUAUGGUGCGGCAGCCAAACUCAUUCAAGCUUCUGCAAACUUGUGUAAAGAAGUAUGAGGUGGAACAUGUGUUUGCUUUUGACGCUGUUCUGUUUCACGUGUGCCUAACGAUACCAUUGUCAUCAUCUAUGUUUGUUGUGUGCUCAUUGAAGGGCAUGCCCCUGCCUCACAAUGCACUCAUCAAUCAUACACAUACACAACACAACCGCCUUUCGCCGCUGUUAUCCCACCCUGAUAGAACACCAUCAAGGAGUAAUGCCAAUCCCAACGACUAUGGGUUUGAUGACUGUGUCGACAUACACGUAUUUUCACGACAGCAACUGCCCAUUUGGGAACACCCUGCCCUACCAGUGUUUGCACUGCAAGUGCGUGCAUUCAUGGAAGCGUGUUGCCUCUAA